AAGAUGCCAUUUUUAAGUACCCAGAAGGGCUGAUAGAGAGCAGGGGUAGCGGAGAUGGGUAGCUACAGGGUCUGCGUCUUCUUCACCAGAAAGUUUAGGAUCGUCGAGCCAGAGCCGCCGGAGGAUGUCAAAGAUGCCUUCAGAGAGUACGCCGAGGGUGGCAAGUACAUGACAGCCGUGCAGCUGCAGCGGUUCUUGGUGGAUUUUCAGGGUGAAGUCGGAGCUUCACUAGCCCACGCUGAGCAGAUCGUGAAACAGGCGUUGCAGAGGCAUCAUAUUACCAAGUUCGCCAGGCAUAAUCUUCACCUUGAGGAUUUUCAUCAUUACCUAUUCUCAGCGGAUCUUAACUCGCCAAUUGGUGAUCAGGUGCUCUGUGUUUUUCUUCUCAGUUCAUCCAAAUGCAUGUUUAGAUCCAAUGGAGGGUGUGGUUAUCUAAAAAAGCCAGAACUUUUGAUGAAUGUUGGCCCUGAUGGUCAGGUCUUUGAUCCAAAAGCAGAAUUGAAGGUGCAGAAAACAUUAAAGGUAAAAGUAUACAUGGGAGAUGGGUGGCAUUUAGAUUUUAAACAAACACACUUUGAUUCAUAUUCCCCACCAGACUUCUUUACGAGGGUUGGCAUAGAAGGAGUGCCAGCUGAUAAGAAAAUGUUUGAAACAAAGAUAAAGGAAGACAAGUGGAGUCCUGUUUGGGAUGAAGAGUUUAAAUUUGAGUUGACUGUUCCUGAACUGGCAUUGCUUCGAGUUGAAGUCCUUGAUUAUGACAUGUCUGAAACCAAUGAUUUUGGUGGCCAAACUUGUUUGCUUGUCUCGGAACUAAAGCAGGGAAUUCGAGCAGUACCCCUCUAUUAUAAGAAGGGAGAGAAGUUGAACAAUGCAAGGCUUCUCAUGCGCUUUGAUUUUGUCUGAGAUUGUUGAUGUUUUGUCCUGUGUAUUUAUGUGUUAUUAUUAGUCUUUUCCACCACUAUUCCUCUGCGACAGGAGUAAAGGUGCAAAUAAGGA